AUGCAAUCUAGUCAUGAUUGGCUCAACCAUAUGAGCAAGUUUUGCGAGGGAAUGCGCAAUUACGACGCUCCACGGAAUCCUAUUGUGCGAGUGGCUCUUAUUGACGAUGGCAUUGACCCAGAAAAGACCAACUUCAGAGUACAUGAAGGAAGGACAUUUGAUGAAAUGGGUGAUACUGGUCUCGAUAAUUACUAUGUUGACCCUGGUCAACAUGGAACGAUCAUGGGAAGACUCAUAAGUAAGAUGUGUCCCAAUGUUCAUCUUUAUGUCGCAAGGUUAAAGAGAGCUCCGGGUUCCGAUAUUCCGCCAACAGCGGCAAAGGCGGUAUGUACUAACCUAAUAACCAAGAUGAUGGAAGGGAUAACUCUCGCUGACAUUUUCCAGGCGAUAUAUUGGGCGCUACACAAAAAUGUGGAUAUCAUCUCUAUGAGUUGGACAAUCCCAGCAAAGGGACCCAACCCUAAGGAUACUGAAGAGUUUCAAGUUGCCAUAGCCGAGGCUAUCAAGCAAAAGAAACUUCUCUUUUGCGCUCUACGAGAAAGUGAAGAUGCUUUAAUUGAACAAGGCUUCUACCCCGUCGGUCUUGACCAAGUAUUCAAGAUCGGCUCUGCUACACGAUCCGGGAACCUGGUGAAAACUAGCUCGGGAGACGGAAAGUCUGUGCAAUUCAUUCUUCCGGGUUUGGAUGUGCUAUCUGACAAUGAGGAAAAUGUCCAAACACUCAACGGGAGCUCAGUUGCCACGGCUCUUGCCUCCGGACUUGCAGGCAUCAUUCUUUUCUGUGCCGAUCUGGUUGAUCAGGAUGCCGCAAGCUACGGCAAAGCUAAAAAUUAUAGUGAGAGCUUGCGGGACAUCAAUAAGAUGAGAUCAGUCUUUGAGAAUAUGAGUCGCAAGAGCAAUGAAGGGAAAUUCCCAGAAGUCCAGCGAUAUUUCAAGAUCACCGGAAAAGAUCCUAAUAUCGAUGAUAUUAAGGAUAUCGUGACUUCCUUGACAUCUGGUGUAAGUAUGACAUCUCCCAUUCAACCAAACUGA